UGUUUUUUCACUGCACGUAUCAUUUUCACUCUCUUGUUCAUCUUAUUGCAUUUCUAUGCGCGCCAGACUCAUCACGACCGCUUUCGGCCCGUCUUGCAGUGCAUUGCAGAAGAAAAUGCCUGUGUAUAAAUAACCUUUCACGAUAUUUGAAUUUGAGUUCGCUGCAAUGAAUAGCACAACUUUACAGAACCAAACGAUCAAUGACAUUUUUUCAAAUACCACCAAUAUUAGUAGUUCUUGGAAACAUAGUAUGCAUUUUUUUGCUGGAAAUGGUGCAUGUUCGGAAUGGAUUAUGUACACGUACCUGUCGGUACUUUUUUUAGGAUCUUGUGUGAAUUUAUUAGAAUGUGUCGCUUUGCUCAGAUCUAAAAAGAAUGGACUGUUAUGCAUAGUUUUUCAAAUUGCUCUGGCGGACCUACUGCUGUUCUUCAUUGCCCUGCUAGAACUGCUUAAUUCAUACCAUCAAUCAUGGAGAUUUUCUAGUCAAAGCUGUAUGAUCUACAAAGGAACUGAAAUGCUGACAAAUACUUCCAUUACCUACUUGUUGAUUUGCCUCAAUUUCCAUAUUGUCACGUUUUGGAAUCUUUAUAAUGUGGAAUUGGUGAAAAAUAAUAGGAAUCCUUUAACGAGUUUUAACGAUAGCAGCAGUGAAUGUCUUGUAACCAGAAACGAAAACCGAAUAGUUAAUAUAGAUUACCAAAAACGAAAAAAUGACGUUCCUGUGAUACUACCAGUGAUAUUCUUAUGGAUUUUGUGCUUAUCUAUAAGCAUGCCCACUUAUGUUUUGUCAUCAACUGUGCAAGUGCGAGGAAAAACGCUGUGCAUUUUGGCAAAUAAUUAUGGUGCGAUUUUGCAGUCUUUACUUUUGGUAUUUAGCACAACUCUUCCUUGUUUUCUUCUAAUAGUUUCCAUGUUAAUUCUAAUUUAUAAGCUAUUCAGGACGUCUGGAAAAGACAUAGACAGGGUACUAACAAAGCAAUUUGAAGAAAUUCGAAAUCUACUGAUAUUCGGAAUUGUCUUUACAAUAUUUUACAUAAUCAUUUCCUAUCAAAGGCAUGUCUUAAAUAUGUUCUCUACUGUUCGCCAAUUUUUCGUUUCUGAAAUUUAUUAUAUUAACUUUCCUAACGUGUAUUUGACUAUGAUGCACUACAGCGGUGUGUCUUUCAGAGGACUACUAUGUUAUUUGGCUCUUCCUAGUGUGCGAGAAGCUGUGAGAAAACAUAUUUUCUUUUGCACUAAUAAAAUUACGUAAAUUAUCUAUUAACUUAAAAUGUAAGAUGUAAACUAUCGAAAAUUAUUGCACCAAACACAUAGCAGCAAAAAAUACAUAUAGGUAUGUAUGUUUCAGAACUAAAGUGAGAGAAGUGUGGCAUCAAAAAACACUUAAGUAACUCUUAAGUACUCUGGAAUAUUACUAUAAAAACGUGUGUGUUUUUCUCUGCCUUUGUCUGGGACAAAAAUAUAAACCUUUUUUAUCAUGCAUUUGUAUAUUAUGUGCUAUAAAAAUAAAUACUAUUUGCAACUAA